CAGAAGUCAAGAGAUGGUAGCAUCCACAGGAGUAGCUGACAACAUCAGGAGCAGUCGCAACACUGCAGACCAGUUCCCUUUGAGUACACCUAUUACAACCAAUGGGAAUGCAGUAGCUAAGAAUAGUGGCAGCAGCAACCGUCCCCAGCAGAGCCAAGGCGCUUCAGCUUCUGGAAGUGAUUUUUCAUUGACUAUUGGCAUCGACCGAGCGGCACUCAUUGCUCCAGACUUUGACACUGACGAGUUUCUGUCCGCACGCCGACAUCUACCUCUUGAGGAACUCAAAUCUCAGCUCAUUUCUCAUAUGAAAGAGCUGAAAACAGAGCUCAUUGAGUUAAUCAACAGUGACUAUGCUGAUUUUAUUAAUCUUUCAACCAAUCUCAAUGGCGUGGAUCGUAUGAUGGAGGACCUUCGGAAACCGCUAGAUCGAAUGAAAGGAGAUACUAUCAUUGUUAGAUCUAACUUUCAAUCAGUAAUCGAUAGUUUACAGCAAAAACUUCAGCAUCGUACUGAGAUUCGGGAGAGAAAAGCUAGUCUUCAAUUAUUGGUCAAUAUAUCUGAAUCUGUUGCUAAAGUUGAAGGACUUUUGCAGAUCUCGAGCACCUCUGAAGGCAGUGUAGUACUUAGAGAUGGCAGCGGAAGUCCUAGCGAUAGCAUAAGUGUGGCAAAGCGCUUGGAACGUGUAGCAAUCGAGUAUAAUAAGCUGCAAUAUCUUGUUAGCAAAGGAGCCGACCUACCUUUUGUUACUAGUAUCGAUUGGCGUUUAGCCAGGAUCAAAGAGACUAUGAGUGAAAAUCUCUCGACUGUCUUGCGUUCAUGCAUUAAGUCUAGCCAUCGAGACGAAGGAGGGAUGUUGAUCAAAAAUGAAUCGAUGUCGCAGUGCCUCAGAACUUAUGCAUUGAUUGAUCAGACGGCAGAGGCUGAGAAAGUCAUUACUGAAGAGCUUCUUGUCCCAUUCAUUAGCAAGACCAUCACUCGGGCAGCUCUCACGGAUUCGUCACGUAACCAACAUGCCAAGUCUGGUCAAAAUCAGCAGAGACCACUUACUAUAAUAUACAAUCAAAUUCUCACUUUUAUUGACUCUCACUGCAGCACCUUACUUUAUAUCACGCAAAAGGAGCUCAAAGGGACAAAUUUUGACAUUCCUGUCAAUUGCAUAUGGGGCAUCACUACUCAGUCUAUUCUUAAAAAUAUCCCUCAGAUCCUAUUGCCUGGGAUACCAGAUGAAUUUCAUCGUAACUAUACAGAUACUAUGGACUUUGUCUCAAAAAUCGAAGAGUUGUGUGGGACCCACAAAUCACUAGCACGGCUAAGGUCACAAGCUAAUUAUCAGGCAUUCAUGAAGCGGUGGCAGCUUCCAGCAUACUUCCAGCUUCGGUUUCGAGAAAUAUCUUUACCGGUAGAGGAUGUGCUCCAAAUGACAGCUGAUAACAGUCAGCGGUAUUCCAGUAACAAUGUACAUCUUCCGGCAAGCGUUGCUAUUAUUCAUGCCAUCGAGCGAUGCUGGUCUUCGAAUGUGUUUAUCUACGGAAUAGCACAUAGAUUCUGGAGAUUUACUUUGCAACUUUUGGCAAGAUACUCCAUAUGGAUAUCUAUUAAUCUAGCCAAGGACCUUGACACACCGAAGGAUAAACCGGUUCAGUCAAGAUCAUCAUCGCCAGCUCCUGGGUCAGGUGGUAGCACGAGCUGGCAGCAAACUCGCACAAUGCCCUCUGCAGGGGGGCUUCUUCGACCUCCAAGCUCUGCUAGCCGAGCAUCUCUUGAAGAAACAACGCUACAGCAACUUUCCAUGAUUGUCAAUGACAUUGACCAUGUAGUUACUCGUGUCAGGGGGAUUUUUGAUCAGGAUAUUCGACCAAAAUUACCAGUCUCAAUCGCGGAUGAACCGACCUUAACGGCAUCCUUUAAUCAAAGCUUAGAAGCUAUUCGGCGUGAUGUACCCACAGUACAACAGCGGAUCACAGAUCUCAUUACAAGGCACUGCGUUGAUACAUUAGCUAGUGUUAAAAGUAUCAAUGUCCGAGCAAGUGAAGGGGUUCCUCGUGAGCCUUCUCAAUUUGUCCCAUUGGUUUUGGCACCGCUUUCAAGAUAUAUUUCAGGAUCUGGCGCAGUCCUUAAUAACAAAUCUAGAGAUGCAUGGGCUAAAGAGGUUAUUGUCACCACUACGAACCAAUAUAGCGCCAUUUUAGCAGAGCGCUUGCUUGAUAUUAAGCUCUCAGAGGAAGCAACCAACAAACUGAAGGCAGCAGCUAAAUCCCGAGGGGGUAUUAUGUCAAGAACACCAGUAUUGCCCAAUAUCUUUUCAACGAGCACAUCCGAAGCUGACCCUAAUAUGUCUACAAGCGAUAAACUGAGAUUACAAUUUGUAUUGGAUGUGGAAUGUUAUCGAAACGAGCUGAUAAAGUUUGAUAUCGACCCACAAACGUUUCAGCCCUUUCUAGACCUUCGAGCCAAUGUACAGCCCUAUGAAAGUUUACUCAAAAAUUCUAGUAAACAGUAGAUUAUAAAUAAUAAACAGGAGCUGAAAUAUGAUACAGCAU